UCGGGAUUCUCAGGUCCAAGCAAGCACACUCCUCUUACCUCCCACCUCACCACUUCACCGCGCACCACCCUUUUGGAAGGAUCUUACACCGCAAGACCCGUCGACAAACACGUUCACCUAUCCCGUAGCUCGCCACCCACCUCUACUCCACAGGUGCGGCGGGCGACUGCAUGCGCGCGACCCACGUGAACAUGCAGCACAGCUUCCCGCACCAAAACCCCUACCAACCCGACUGGCAACACCACCCGCACCCCCAAUCCCAUCACCAAUAUGCCCAGAACCAAGCGGCCGCCGCCGCGAACGCCGCCGCACACCAACAGCAGCAUCAGCAACAGCACUACGGCCGACUAGCGCCGAACGGCAACUCGAACGGUUCGGCGAAUAUGAAUCAGGCUUCAGGAGGGGGACGCGAGAUUGAUCAUGGUGGAGGGGGAGGAGGCGGCGGUGCAGUGGGCAGCAUUUCGAAUUUCGACCAGCAGAUGAAUGAGGAGAAUCGCAAGGUGCUGGAGUGGGUUGCGCAGGUGCUUAAUCCGGGCACGAGGGAGGCGGCGUUGUUGGAGUUGAGUAAGAAGCGGGAGCAAGUCGCUGAGCUGGCGCUCAUUUUGUGGCAUUCUUUCGGCGUCAUGACGUCUCUGCUGCAGGAGAUCAUUUCGGUCUACCCGCUGCUGAACCCUUCGCAGUUGACUGCUGCUGCUUCUAACCGCGUGUGCAAUGCUCUUGCGCUGUUGCAGUGCGUCGCUUCGCAUCAAGAUACCCGGCCGCUGUUCCUUGGAGCACACAUCCCCCUCUUCCUCUACCCAUUCCUCAACACCACCUCAAAAUCCCGCCCCUUCGAAUACCUCCGCCUCACCUCUCUCGGCGUUAUCGGCGCGCUGGUCAAAAACGACAGCUCGGAGGUGAUCAACUUCCUCCUCACGACCGAAAUCAUCCCGCUGUGCCUCCGCAUCAUGGAAACAGGCUCGGAGCUCAGCAAGACCGUGGCCAUCUUCAUUGUGCAAAAGAUCCUCCUCGACGACAUGGGGCUGCAAUACAUCUGCCAGACGUACGAGCGCUUCUACGCCGUAGGCACCGUGCUGUCGAAUAUGGUGACGCAGCUGGUGGACCAGCAGACGGUGCGACUGCUCAAGCACGUUGUGCGGUGCUUCUUGCGGCUGUCAGAUAACGCCCGCGCCCGUGAAGCUCUUCGCCAAUGCUUGCCAGAGCCCUUGCGCGACGCUACCUUCUCCCCGGUCCUACGAGACGACGCGGCAACCAAGCGGUGCCUGGCGCAGCUCCUACUCGCCUUGUCGGAUCAGGCGGAGCCGAACCCGACGACUUCGUACGGCCAUCCACAGCAAGGUCUGUUGCCGUAGAACAACAAUACGUCAAUUCUUCACCAGCCAAGUUACGAUCUUCUGCGUUUACUGUGUACGUUGAGAGGGCGCACUUCACGUGGGUUUUUGGGCUUUCAGGCGGCUCCUCACUGGAACACCGGGUGAGGGCCUCAGCAUAGCGAUUGGCGACGAACGGCGGGCAUUCUUUGAUCUCUCUACGCCUAGGGAUCACACGAAGUUACUCUUCCCCACUUUCCAGUUGGGCUUUUUGCGUGGUUGUGGAUGAUUUACUUGGGCAUGCGGAGGGGGCGUUUCAUUGGCGAAGGAGAAAUAUAUGUAGUGAUGAGUGGGAUUACGGCACGGAAGGCGAUUGUACUUUGGGCAUAGACAUUUUCGCGUUCGAUGGGGAGUUUUCGCGCAUGUAGUUGUACAAAAGUGCUUCACU